CCAUUUUGGCAUUUCAAAGUUUGGUGGUUUGGGAAGUUCCUGCUUCUCAAGAUUUGGUGUCAAGAUAUUGGAUUAUUUUAAAACAGGAAAAAAUUAAAAAUCCAAUUCUGAAAAUACCGACUGCUGCUCAAUAUUCAGGUUUUGAAAUCAAUUAUUACUCACUUCCUCUUCACACACCUACCCAGCCUUACCCUCGAGGUAAAGCGGGAGGGCCCGGGGAAGCGGAAGUUGCGUACUCGAGUAUUAUGGCGGCGCAGUGGAGCUCCAGGUAUUUACUGAACGCGUUAGCGAGGGAUGGAGGAGCAGAAUGAACGUGAAGUUGGUGGGCCGCAGGGACUUGGGGAGAAGGGAGAAUGAAAUUUCUCCAGUCAAGAGGGAAAAACUGAAUACCAAGGAAUUCAUAUCAUUGGAUUCUUUAAUGCCAAUUUUGGUGCAGUUAGUGUACUGAGACUGCUACAAACAGAAGUAAACAACAGAAAAUGAAAAGUAGCGUGGCUCACAUAAAACAUAAUUCUGGUCAAGAAAGAAGAGGACUGUCUCAGAGAAGUAAUUCUCCAGAAGAUAGAUAUGAAGAACAGGAGCGAUCCCCCCGAGACAGAGAUUACAGCAAGUCAGAUCAAGACUAUUCAGGAAGAGGGCAUUCUAAUGAUAGUACCAUGGAAUCACGAGGGAGGGAUAGAGAAAAACGCCGGGAGAGAGAAAGAGAAAGAGAUUCUGAUCGCAGAAGGUACAGAAAAUCUCCGUCCCCAGGCCGAAGGAGUGCAGAAAGAGGAGCAUCUCAAAGCUCAUCUGCUCAUGAUGAGCCGCCGACAAAGAAGAAGAAAGAUGAUGUGGACCCACUCCUCACUCGCACAGGUGGUGCUUAUAUUCCUCCAGCAAAGCUCAGGAUGAUGCAAGAACAGAUUACAGAUAAAAACAGCUUAGCGUAUCAAAGGAUGAGCUGGGAGGCAUUAAAGAAGUCAAUCAAUGGUCUUAUAAAUAAAGUGAACAUUUCCAACAUUGGGAUUAUCAUUCAAGAACUCCUUCAAGAAAAUAUAGUUAGAGGAAGGGGGUUGCUGUCUCGAUCUGUUUUGCAAGCACAAAGUGCAUCUCCAAUCUUUACCCAUGUUUAUGCAGCUCUUGUGGCAAUUAUCAACUCAAAGUUCCCAAACAUUGGAGAACUUAUCCUCAAAAGGUUAAUUCUUAAUUUUCGAAAAGGCUAUCGAAGAAAUGAUAAGCAACUUUGUCUAACUGCUUCCAAAUUUGUUGCACACCUUAUUAACCAGAAUGUGGCACAUGAAGUUUUAUGUUUAGAGAUGCUCACCUUACUUCUUGAAAGACCAACGGAUGAUAGUGUUGAAGUAGCAAUUGGGUUUCUUAAAGAAUGUGGCCUAAAAUUAACAGAAGUAUCACCUAGAGGAAUUAAUGCUAUAUUUGAACGGCUUCGCAACAUCCUCCAUGAAUCUGAAAUUGACAAACGUGUUCAGUAUAUGAUUGAAGUGAUGUUUGCAGUACGUAAAGAUGGAUUCAAGGAUCAUCCUGUUAUUCUGGAAGGACUUGAUCUAGUAGAAGAAGAAGAUCAGUUCACUCAUAUGCUUCCAUUGGAAGAUGAUUAUAAUCCAGAGGAUGUUCUUAAUGUUUUCAAGCUGGAUCCUAAUUUCAUGGAAAAUGAAGAGAAAUAUAAAACUAUUAAGAAAGAAAUUCUUGAUGAGGGUGACAGUGAUUCAAAUACAGACCAAGAUGCCAGAAGUAGUGAAGAAGAUGAGGAGGAGGAGGAAGAGGGGGAUGAAGAUGAAGAAGGACAAAAAGUGACUAUACAUGACAAAACGGAAAUUAAUCUGGUAUCAUUUCGGCGUACAAUCUAUCUUGCUAUUCAGUCAAGUUUAGAUUUUGAAGAAUGCGCCCACAAAUUGCUAAAAAUGGAGUUCCCUGACAGCCAGACGAAAGAACUUUGUAACAUGAUACUUGAUUGCUGUGCCCAACAGAGGACAUAUGAGAAGUUUUUUGGCUUAUUGGCUGGGCGUUUCUGCAUGCUUAAAAAGGAAUACAUGGAAUCUUUUGAGGGCAUUUUCAAGGAACAGUAUGAUACCAUACAUCGCUUAGAAACCAAUAAGUUAAGAAAUGUUGCCAAGAUGUUUGCUCAUCUCUUAUAUACUGAUUCACUUCCAUGGAGUGUCCUUGAAUGCAUAACAUUGAGUGAAGAAACUACUACGUCUUCCAGUAGAAUUUUUGUCAAAAUAUUUUUUCAAGAACUUUGUGAAUACAUGGGGCUCCCUAAACUUAAUGCAAGACUAAAGGAUGAAACACUGCAGCCAUUCUUUGAAGGAUUACUACCCCGAGAUAAUCCAAGGAAUACUCGGUUUGCCAUCAACUUCUUUACAUCAAUAGGUCUUGGAGGUUUAACGGACGAAUUACGAGAACAUCUGAAAAAUGCACCAAAGAUCGUCAUUGCCAAAAAACAAGAUGUUGAGUCAUCAGAUUCCUCUUCUUCCUCCUCUUCCUCUUCUGAAUCUGAUUCCUCAGAUUCUGACUCUGACAGCAGCAAUACCAGCUCAGACUCAUCCAGUGACAGUGGCAGUGACAGUUCAUCUACAAGUGGUCUUAGCUCUGGCCAUAGCUCAGACUCAGGUAAAGACAAAAGGAAAAAAGUGCAAAGGAAAAAGAAAAAUAAAGAAACAGACAAAACAGUUAAGAAAAAGAAAGCAAGUGAAAGGAAACACAUGGAAAAUAAAAUGGAAAAAAGACAGCAAGAGACAAGAACUGAAGGAGAGAGACGAUCAGAAAAAAACACAGACCGAAAUUUAAGAAAUCCAGUUUGGAGAGAGAACUCAUCAAAAUAUGCCUCUGAAAGAGACUCUACUACAGAACGAAACAAUUACAAGUCUUUAAAGGACAGAGAUCAUGAUAAAUACAUAGAUCCAGAAAAUAAAUCUGAUGAUACCAAGAAGAGGAGAGGAGAAAGAAGAAAUUCUUUUUCUGAAAAUGAAAGAGAAAAACACCGAAAUAAAGACAGUGAGAAUCAUAGGAGGAAAGAGAGAUCAAAGUCAAGAGAAAGGAAUAGAAAUAAUCCAAACUCCAGAGAUGAACAAGAUAGACGUUGGAAUGGUGCAGAAAAGGAAUCUGAGAAACACAGCAGAAGAUCUGAACAUCCCCGAGAAUCAAGAAGGAAUCAUGACCGACGACGGGAAAACUCUCCAGCAAGGCGAAAAUAAUAUUGAAAUACCUUACUUCAGUUUAAACUGAAUUUUUUUACAUUGGAGAACUUUAUUUCAAAAAGUCUUUGUAUAAAGUACUGGUUUGUAUUAUACAUUUUUAAUAGGUUUUCAGUGGAAGGUAUUUUAUAAUCAGUUUCCCCCUGUCAAAAAAACAAACCCUCCCUCAUUCAGUUAAACAUAUUUGAAGAAAACAUUUUCACAUAAGAGGAAACCUUAAUGCUUGCUUAUAUUUUGUGAAUAAAAUUGUCAAAUUCUCAUUGAAUCAGUGUAUUUAUCGGUAACAGAAUAUUUUUCUGUAAAUAUUUUCUGGUGAUCUGAGGAUAUUGCUAAUAUAAAUUUAUUCAUUGUUUUUUUGUUAUGGUUUUUAAAAGUUAGAGACAUAAUUACAAGUUGCAUAUAACAUCUCAUACAAAUACAGGCAAGCAGUUUUUUUUUCCUCUCCCAGAAAUAUUUUGUUGUUUAGGUGAACUUUAUCUUAAAGUUAGUCUCAUGUUACAUUAUAUAUCCGUUAUGGUCUCAUUUAGUUUACCAAUAACACAUCUUCGAACUGGAUUCCUUAAUAAAGCUAGAUUUAAGGUUUCUACAAUAUCAUUCUUUCAGUCUUACAAAAAUUUAUUACUGCAAGGUAAUAUAUUUAUUUUUAAUGGGGCACAAUAUGUCAGUGUGAAAGAACAUGUAACUGUGAUAAAUAUGAAUACCAUAACUGUGAGAUUAUUCAAAUUGUUUUGUGUGGAUAAUUUUAAAGGUUUUCAUCAUUGUAAUUCCCACCACUUAAAACAUCAAUUUAUUUUUUUUAAUUUUUUUUUAAAUAAAAUAUUUCCUCUGAGAAACCA